AUGGUGUCUGUUUCCGCUUCCGCCUCCCGGUCUCCCUCUUGCCUGCCUGCCUGCCUCCCUGCCUGCCUCCCUUCUUACCGACGGACCGGCCGGCCCUCGUUCCGCUCUAGCCGAGCCCAUGUCGGGGCUCUGUGGCCGCGGCCUCUUCUCUCCCUCCGGCUCUGCGCCCCUCGGCUUCCGGACGCCCACAACUGCAUCCCGGAGCUGGACAGCGAGACGGCCAUGUUCUCCGUCUACGACGGGCACGGAGGGGAAGAAGUGGCUCUGUAUUGCGCCAAGUACCUCCCAGAGAUCAUCAAGGACCAGAAGGCCUACAAGGAAGGCAAAUUGCAGAAGGCCCUAGAGGAUGCCUUUCUGGCCAUUGAUGCCAAGCUGACCACAGAAGAAGUGAUCAAGGAACUCUUCCUGAUGGCUGGGCGCUCUCGAGAAGAUGGGGAGGAAAAAGAAGCGAAGGUGGCAGAUGAAGAUGAUGUGGACCAGGAGGAGGAAGCCUUGCUGCACGAGGAGGCCACCAUGACCAUCGAGGAGUUGCUGACACGCUACGGCCAAAACUGCGUUAAAGGCAAGCUCGGGCCAACUGGCAGGAAGCCGGCGGCGGUGGCGGCAGCAUCCCAGGAGGACCCCCAGGGGCUCAACCUCAAUGGCGAGGCAGGGACUGAGGAGCUCGGGAGGCAUCCGUGGACUGCCCCGAAGGUGGAAGAGGAGGAGGAGGAGGAGGAGGUGGAGGAGGAGGAGGAGAAUGGCAAACCGUGCCCUAAGUCCACUGCCAGUCUCUCCCCUGGCCUGGAUGUGGGUGGGGGAGGAGAUGCAGGGCCCCCCCAGAAGGAGGGGGCGGAAGGAGGAGCCCCUACCCCAGGGGAAGCGGAACCCUCCUGCUCUUCUGCAAGCAAGGCCCAGCGGGCGGCCAAGUCCCGAUUCUUUGACGACAGCGAGGAUGAGUCAGAGGAAGACGCCGAGGAGGAAGAGGAAGAAGAGGAAGACAACGAGGACAGUGAGGAAUGCAGUGAAGAUGAGGAGGGCUACAGCAGCGAGGAAGCCGAAAACGAGGAGGAGGAGGAGGAGGAGGAUGACACAGAAGAGGCAGAGGAAGAGGAGGAGGAGGAGGAAGACAUGAUGCUUCCUGGCAUGGAGGGGAAGGAGAAGCCUGGCUCGGACAGCGGCACAACGGCUGUGGUGGCCCUGAUCCGGGGCAAGCAGCUCUUUGUGGCCAACGCGGGGGACUCUCGCUGCGUGGUGUCUGAGGGCGGCAAGGCCGUGGACAUGUCCUACGACCACAAGCCGGAGGACGAGGUGGAGCUGGCCAGGAUCAAGAACGCGGGCGGGAAAGUCACCAUGGACGGCCGGGUGAAUGGAGGCCUGAACCUCUCCCGAGCGAUCGGCGAUCAUUUCUACAAGCGUAACAAGAACCUACCUCCCGAGGAGCAGAUGAUCUCUGCCCUGCCGGACAUCAAAGUGUUGACCAUUAAUGAGGACCACGAUUUCAUGGUCAUUGCCUGUGAUGGCAUCUGGAACGUCAUGAGCAGCCAAGAGGUGGUGGAUUUUGUGCAGUCCAAGAUCUCUCAGAAGGGGGAAGACGGACAGCUGCGGUCCCUUUCGUCCAUAGCUGAAGAACUCCUGGACCGCUGCUUGGCUCCAGACACCUCUGGGGAUGGAACCGGGUGCGACAACAUGACCUGCAUCCUCAUCUCGUUCAAGCCACGCCCCAGCCAGGGUUCUGCCACCACGGAGGGGGGCAAACGGAAGCUAGAAGAGGCCACAGCGCCUGCAGGGGCCACCCCCACGGAAGAGAGCUGUAGCAAGAAAGCCCGGCAGGACUAGCAGCAGCAGCAGAGGGUGGGCUUGGACACAGCCCCACCUCUCCCUGGACUCUUGUUUUCUAAACAACGCUGAACUCUGGAUGCCUGAUGUAGGCCUUUUUUUUAGCCUUAGGGAGGCCAAGUCUGUCUGUGUCAUUCACAGGGGUGAGAAGAGGCGGGGCACGGGGCGCUGGGGUGGGGGGGGCGACGACUGUUCUUGAAACCAUUCCAAAGAGUGAGCGGUGGGUGGGGAGGGCUAGAGCCCAGGCAUUGUCCUCCCCCAUUCCCCUCCAGCAUCUCCUGUGUGAUGGCUGCCGUCUCUGUGCCCCUGAUGUUUUUCCUUGUCAGGAAGCCGUUGUUCACCAUGGACAGCUCCAAGCUGCGCCCAUAUUUAAGGCCUUCUGUUUUUUAUUUUGGGGGCUGGCUGCUCUCACACGCACCCCCACACAUGUUGGCUACCAGGUCUCUCUCUGUGUUGUUCAAUUUCAACUAAGAAUUUUUUAAACUAAACCCCA